AUGUCUACGUCCAAGGGAACCCAAAAGCCGGCAAGUGCUAACUAUAGCUUCUUCAAAGUUCUCAAAAAAUCAUUUAAGAAGACUUUGGCCGGAGGAAAUGAUACCAGAAAACCUCCGCCUGUCAUGGCAACCGCCGUGGGAGGCUCAGCGCAACAACCAGUGCUAAUAAAUGAGUUGAAAACCGCUGACAAUCACAAGAAAUUAGAGAUUAUUCUCAAGCUCAAAGAAUCGGUGGAAAAUCAUUCCAUUUCGUCUAUUCUUGAAACCUGGAUACCGGCAAGACAAAUUCUUUUUCAAAUAGAUAAUGAUGCCAAUUCUUACAGCAAUUACGAUAAGCUCCGGAAGGCGGUGAUCGAUCUUUUGUACACAUGCAUCGAGUACGAUGACUUGAAUCAGCUAUCAAUCCUUGUCAGAUACAUCAGUGAUCUCUUUUAUUUCUGUCAGGUUACGCCGACAUAUUUAGAUCCAAACAUCAAAUCAUUUUUAAAAUGCUUCUACAAGCUAGUGGACAGUAAAUUGCUCGAUGAGCUUCGGGGCUUGUCGUUUAAUUUUGCCAAAGAAAUGGGCGGUGAUACAUUCAGUAUAUUUUCUUCGGAAGGAAGCUUCCUCAAUAGGAAUAUGGAGCUUAUGGGAUCGCGAUCGAUAGCCCAGUUUGUCAUUGAUAUACUUUCGUGUGAUGUUUUAAUCCAAACCAAUGAGAACGUGCAGGUUCUUGGAGAAUUUGUCAAUAAAUUGUGCGUUCUCUUGAGAGAUGACAGAUCACACAUUUUCGAUAAUAAUGUUUUGGCCCUCACCAUUAAGUCUUUGGUUCGAUUGGCCUUGAUUACUCCUGAUUUUGAAGAUUCCCAUUUGCUCAUUAACGAGAUUUUCAAUUUCAUCAACACCGCGUUGGGUUAUGCAUUUUUGCCAGUAUCCACAUUUUCAAGGAUUUUGGCGUUGUUAUUCUACUUCUAUAACCAGGGGGAAAAAUAUUCAAUAAUAAUUGGGGGUAUAUUCCGAUCUUUAAUUAGAAGUGAAAACUGCUGUCAACUUACAUUUUUGGUAAUGACGGAAUUAAUAGAAACGUGCAAUUUUGAAGACCAUUUAACUUUUGACCAGUCAAUGAAACCCUCAAAUGAUAUUGACGAUGAUGAUACUCAGAUUGUCUCUUAUAAAGACAUGUUUACAAAAACAUUUGCUGAAUUGAAUGGCGAGAAUACUGAAAGAUUAUCAAGCCUGAAACGGGUGGUUGAACCUCUGGGGUUGGAAAAAUACUUCCCACUAAUUUCUAAAUCUUUGGCUCGAGGUCACAAAAUAGAAAAGCAGCCGAAAGAUUUAAAUUCAGUAGAGUUUGGGUACUAUGUAUUAUCUGGACUAUUGAGACUCAUGAAGUCUUAUAUUCUGGAAAAUAAUUUUGAGUUGCUUCAGGAGAAAGAUAAAUUUAUAUUUGACCCAUCGUCCUAUAAAUUUCAGGCGCUCAUCAAUGCUCUAUAUGCAAAAAUUUCUGGGUUGAAUAGCUCUGAAAAUACCACCGAUGUUUUGUCAGCUGUCGAAUCAAAAGCAGGAUCGGAGAAAGUUAAGAAUAGCGAAAAUUUAGAACUGCUCAAGCAAACAAGCAUUGCCACUAAUAAGACUAUUCUUUCAUUCAUAAGCUUCUUGAUACAGGAUUCAUUAUUCAAAGAAAUUCCCGAAUAUUUAUUCUUUUAUGAGCUGCGAACUGAUACUCUUUCUAUUGAUUCCAAAAAUGUUUCUCUUGAUGUAUCUAAUUUGAGCAGUGAUAGUAUUGACAAUGUCUCGGGACUUGAAUUGCAAGAAGAAAGUUCUUCUUACUCGAUUUUGGAUAUUUUAGAUCUAAUUUAUACAACAACUAUUGAUGUGAGGGAAGAUUUGACCAGCAUUUAUCCAAAUUUAUUUAAGGAUGGUAGAUCUUAUAGUCAAAACCUUGAAAAGCUCAUCGAACUACAUGGCGAGCAGCAAAUCGCACUUAUUCUUACAGAAUCCGAGUUACAUUUUUUUGAAUUGAUUCACAUUUAUAGAGAUAUCAUCAAUAAGCUCCAAAGUUACUCUAAGGAUUUGAGAUAUUCAACACAACUUGAGACCGCUGAUCUUUCGGAGUUUUUCUUUUCAAAGACAGAUUUAUUGACAUCUGAUAAUUGGUCUAUUUUCUUGAAGAGUUUUGAAAAAGGGAGCAGGUACAUGUCUGAGGACCAUUUAGAAUUUGCGACGAUUAUAAAAAGUCUCAAAUCCAAUUUGUUUUGCCCGCCCCUAAAUUCAAGAGCAUAUUUAUAUCGUGUAGAUGAUGUGAAAUCAUUUGAUGAAGUAAAGUUAUUGAUGUUGAAAACAAUUCAAAACAUGAUUGACUUUCAUUUUGACUUCUAUGGUGAUAAUGAAAAGCUAUGGUCAUUGGUUUUAUGCUUAUUUGGUAUUGGUGAGGGACAAGACCCAUUUUUGAAAAGUGAGAAUGAUCCUCAAAUCGUCAACUUUUUAUUGAAAGCUUUGGGAAACCUGUUGAUUGUGCUGAAGCAUAAAUACUUUGAGAUAUUAUUAGUAGAAAACCUCUUUCAUGAUAUUGUUAAUUGGAAAAGGGUUGACACUAAGCAGGAUCCAGAUACUGAUGAUGAAAAAGUGGAUAAUGCUGCUGAUGUUAAUGGAAUAAUGCCUCUUGAUAAUCUUUCCCAACUAGUAACGCUCUUGAUUACAUUAUUUAUCAAAUCUUCUGUAACAAUUGAUGAUAAAGAGAGAUGUUUAGAUUAUAAGUCAACAGAUGGAUACGAAAUCAGUGACGGCGCGCAAAUCAAAGAUAGUGGUAAAAAGGCUAAAACGAUAUUUGAUCUUUUGUUGGAUAUUUUCAAAUUCAUCGCGGAUUUCUUCACCAGAAAUUGUGAUGAUAAAGCAUUUCUCGAAAGUGCAGAAGGGUCUAAGCUUUUUGAAAUUCUAUUUGUGAUACUUGAUUGCUUUUCAAGAUUGAGAGCUACUGAACUGGGCUAUAUCUACUUCGAUGCUACAAAAAGAGAAUACAAUAUCCUCAUAGAGCAGCAAUCAUCAAAUAAGUCCACUGGGUUCAGUGAUAAGCACAAGCAACUUGUAUCCAAGAUCAUCUUUUUAUCGGAGAAAUUGGACUUUAUUCCCAAGGAUUUACUUAUCAAAAUUUCAGAUUCUGUGAAAAUUAAAGGGACAGCAAAAAACGAUGAGACUGAUGUUACUGAGAUUGAUAUUAAUGAGUAUUUCAAUGUUGUGCUUGACAUCAUUCAAGGAUCUGCCGGAAUCACAAUGAUGAUUUUCAUUUGGUACUCUUGUAUUUUGCAAUUAUCCAAUAUUCCUUUGUAUCGCAAUUCCGCAAAUUACAUUAGAAAUGUCAGGAAAAAGGCGUGUGAACAGUUAACAAUAAGAACCAUCAAUGGGAAAACCAUAGAGAAGGAGGAUAAGGUAUUGUUGCAAAUGACUUUGGUGAGACUAUUGCCGAGAGUCGUGGUUCAUUCAGCGCUUUUUUCACCGGAUGAGCAGCACCAAGUGGUUCAUGUGUUGGUCAAUUGUCUUGAUAAUUUUGAAAAUAUUGGUGUUUUGUGUAUUCAUACUUUGCCAGCUUGUUGUUAUCAAAUCCCAUGGUCAAUGAAAAGAUACAUUCAACCGAUCCUUUGGAGAUUGCAGCAACAUAUUUCGAAUGCUGACGCGACCCCUCACAUUUUGGAAUUUUUGUUAUCUUUGUCGCAUAUGACCGAUAUUACUUCAAAUUUCCUGGUAGACGAUUAUAAACCGAUUUUUGCAAUGGCAUUCAGAUUCAUUCAAACCUCUAAUGAACAACACAGUAUCGCUACAAAAUAUGACGAGGAUUUAAAAGAAGAGAAGGCGUCUGCAGAAUCGAAAAAACUCGCCAGUUAUUUUAGUGCAUUGUCGUACAAUGUCAUUUCUGGAUGGUUUCUUAAACUCAAAAUGAAAACAAGAAAACAGUUGGCGCCGUUUAUUAUCAAAUGCUUAUUGGAUCUUAACCAUGAAGGUGGCAAAGAUGUUGAAUCUGCGUGCAUUAUUUUGAUUGAAUUCAUCCAAAGAUUCACCUAUACCAACUUGGACUUGCGAUUCCAAUUGAUCAAAGAGAAGCUUGACCACGGGGACACUUCGAUUUCUAUUUCCAGAUGGAUCUUUGGUAUUAGCAUCAUUUCCAUCAUGACGCAUAAAGUUACUGGGAAAUCGAUCGUCACAGUUAGGAGACCAACCGGUACCACGAAAUUCGAGCUUGCCCCGGAUCCGGCGAUGGUGCCUUUGCAAAAUUUGGUGGAGUUUGCCGAUACUAAUGAUGGUUUAUUUACUGAAAGUUAUAUUUUCUUGCAAUUGCUCGCGCAUAUCUUUUCGGAUAUCGAGCGGGCGCCGAUCUUGAUUCCUGAUCAAACGGAAUUCAGAAGAAGCAUUGAAUUGUUUGAUAAGAAGCCAUUGAUCAACAUGUACAAAGCCGGGUUGAUUUAUAUUGGACCAGGACAGCUGAACGAACAAGAAAUCUUGUUGAAUACCGUGGGGUCUAAAGAGUACCACGACUUCUUGUCGAACAUUGGCGAAUUGAUAAGUUUGAAGAAUAACACCACAUUCUACACUGGUGGGUUGAAUGCUGAUAUCGAUGGUGAAUACGCUUAUUGCUGGGACGAUAAGGUGUCACAAUUAUUGUUCCAUACCACUACCUUAAUGCCAUCGAAAAACUCUGAUAGUUGGAUGAUAAAGAAAAGUCAUAUUGGUAAUGACUUUAUUAACAUUUUUUUUGAUGAGUCUGGAAAACCGUUCAAUUUCAAUCUCAUCAGGAGUGAAUUUACAUUUAUCAAUAUUGUCAUCACCCCAGUCAGUUUAAAGACCGAAGAUUACUCAUCGCCUUACGAAGAUGAUAGUGUCACUGAAGUUGGUGACGAUGAUGACGGGGAAUCUGCCAAUAUGGAGGAUGGGUUGUUGUUUGGUGCUGAUGGUUCCACGGAAAAGUUUUUCCAAGUCCGAACGUAUUUGAAGCCAGGAUUACCGAAGAUUUUCUCGACGUGUCGUUUGAAAACCAUUUCUCUUAAGCAAUUGCCGGUGUUUGUGAGAAACAUUGCAUUGAUCACUAAUCAAUUUGCCCAGAUCUGGAACUCUCGUGACUAUUCGGUGGAAAAUAAUUGGUCUGAUAGAUACCAUGAAAUCAUGAAGAUAAAACAACGGGUGCAAAAGUAUUAUGAGGAAUCUAAGAAUGAAGAAGCAGCAAAGAGAAGUAAGAAAGCCGCGGAAAAUAUGUCAUUCUUCAGUUCUUUUAGUCAACCACCACAAAAAUCAACCGAAAGCACCACUGGUGAAGAAGACACCAAAGAGAAGUUGCUUUCAGUGCUUGAUUUCACUUCUUAUUCUUGA